ACUCACUUUCCCCAUUUUUUUAUAAAAAUUUUCAGAUAAUUUUAAUCUUUUUUGAAGUGUAUAUAUAUGUAUAAGUGUGUGUGUGUAUAUGGUUGAUGCUGAUAAAAUGCCGCCAUGGAAUUUGCUUUAUUUUCCUUUUAAGAUUCCCGUUCUUAAAAUUUUCCGAGCAACCAAACAGGAUCUUUGAGGAUAUUUGCUUUUUUUGCGUGGAUUUUGAGCAACAUCUUAUCCAGCAUUCAGAUCCGUUUCUUUAUUUGCAAGAUUUGUAACUAAUUAUUCUACUUAUUAUUUAUUCAGUGAUUAGGUAGACGACGAGCUUUUGUCUUUUUUGUAUCUGUUUAUUUAUUUAUUUAUUUGAACAUGCUUUGGAGAGUUUAUUUAACUGAAUCUUAGUUAGCAUUAUCUGAAUGUAGAAAUUUUUUUAUUUUAUAAAAAAGGAAAACAUUGUUAAAUGCUUCGAUGGUAUCUUCUUGACUUUAGGAGUGAAGUAAUAAUGGCUUGCUAUUUUUGUUAAGAAAUUAGAGGUUUAUGCUUAGGAAGCAAGCAUGCUUUUCGAGGAAGAGCAUUUGAUGCUAAGUUGCCCUUUUGUCUUCGUCCUUUUAAAUGCUGGUUGAACUUAAGUAUUUGAUUAAUCUUUGCUCUCCGUAUGUUGUGCUCGCUUUUCAGGGCUUGAAUUAUUGCACUAAACUUAACUUUGUUUUCUGCAGUGUCUUGAUUUUCAGUGUUUUCUGCAUGUUCGCUUGGGGCUAGACGUCCUGUCGGUUAGUUUCUAAGUAGAUAAGUUCAUAUUAUAGAGUCUGUGCAGUUUGUUUUGUUUGAAAGGUACGGAUUAGGAGUUGUAAGGUAUGGAAGUUCCUAGUGCGAAACAUGAAACAAUGCAUCGUAGGUUGACCCCGCUUAGGGUGUUAAGGGGUCUGAUAUGUUUGCUAGUGUUGCUUUUAACAGCUUUUAUGAUGAUAGUGUAUUGUGGCUUUUUUAGUACUGUUGUAUUGAGGCUUUUCAGCGUACAUUACAGCCGAAAAGUAACAGCUUUCUUCUUUAGUUCUUGGUUAGCAUUAUGGCCUUUUCUAUUUGAGAAAAUAAACAAAACCAAGGUCAUUUUUUCUGGAGAUGAUGUUCCUGCAAGGGAACGUGUUUUACUUAUUUGCAACCACAGAACCGAGGUUGACUGGAUGUACCUGUGGGACCUUGCAUUGCGGAAAGAUUCCCUGGGAUACAUAAAGUACAUCCUUAAGAGCAGCUUGAUGAAAUUACCUGUAUUUGGUUGGUCAUUCCAAAUUUUGGAGUUCAUCCCUGUGGAAAGGAAGUGGGAGGUUGAUGAGGCAAAAAUGCGCCAGAUGCUUUCAAAAUUCAAAGAUCCUCGAGAUCCCCUUUGGCUUGUUCUCUUUCCAGAAGGAACAGAUUUCACUGAGCAGAAGUGCUUAAGAAGUCAAAAAUAUGCAGCUGAAAAUGGCUUGCCUAUCCUGAAGAAUUUGCUGCUUCCAAAAUCAAAGGGUUUUAAUGCCUGCUUGGAAGAUUUGAGGAGCACUUUGGAUGCAGUUUACGAUGUGACCAUUGGAUAUAAGCAUCGCUGUCCAUCAUUCUUGGAUAACGUCUUUGGGGUUGACCCUUCUGAAGUUCAUAUUCACAUCAGGCGUGUUACCCUGGAUGACAUCCCGUUGUCCGAAAGUGAAGUAACAGCUUGGUUAAUGGAUACAUUCCAACGUAAGGAUCAAUUGCUUUCUAAUUUCAAUUCUGAAGGUUAUUUCCCUCUGCAUGGAGCAGAAUUGAACCUCUCUACAGUUAAGUGCCUCAUAAACGUCAUGCUGGUGCUUGUCUUGACUGGUGCAUUCUUAUUUUUAACCUUUUUCUCUUCCAUUUGGUUUAAGAUUUUUGUAUCGUUAUCUUGUUCCUAUAUGGUUUCGGCUACUUAUUUAAACAUCCGUCCAGAACCGAUCUUCAACUUCGCCUGUAUGUGCUAUUUUCAGAUAUCAACUUUGUUGUAAGGUUUAUGUACUAUUAAGUAGAAUUUUAGGUUCCAAUUCUCAGAAACUGUAUGAAAUCUCUAAAUAAGGUUUGCCAUUUCGCACAUUUUAUAGAAGCAUCAAUCAACGCCCAUUUGUUUC